CUCUCACCUCCUCUUCUGACAAAACCCCAAAGCUUCGAUCUUGAAGAGUUUGUCGAAGAUUCAGUUGUUGCAUUGCAUACAGAAAUGGCAUCCUACUCUCUCCUCCCAUCCACAAUUUCAAUUUACAAAGAGGGGAAAUCGAGUUCUGUUUCUCUGAAGGAGACGAGUCUUAUAGGCUAUUCAGCUUCGAACCAGAUCAGAGCCGACAACUUUUUCUCCCUCGUCCUCCCCAAGAGAAGCCGAAUACUGCGGUCUCUGACCACCGUCCGUGCCCAGACGGUCACGGCCACGCCGCCGGCGAACGAGGCAUCGCCGGAGCAAAAGAAGACUCUGAGGAAAGGCACAGUGAUAGUAACUGGAGCUUCAUCUGGGUUAGGUUUGGCAACGGCAAAGGCUUUAGCCGACACAGGGCAAUGGCAUGUGAUCAUGGCCUGUCGGAACUUCCUCAAAGCCGAGAAAGCUGCCAAAUCGGUGGGGAUGGCGAAAGAGGAUUACACUGUGAUUCAUCUGGACCUGGCCUCACUCGAGAGCGUGAGACAGUUCGUCGAUAAUUUCAAGCGAACGGGCAGACCACUCGACGUUCUCGUCUGCAAUGCCGCGAUCUACCUCCCGACCGCUAAAGAACCUACUUUUACAGCCGAAGGGUUCGAGCUAAGCGUAGGAACGAACCAUCUGGGACACUUUCUUCUUGCCAGAUUGUUGCUUGACGGCCUGAAACAAUCAGAUUAUCCGACGAAACGUAUGAUCAUCGUGGGAUCCAUUACAGGGAACACCAAUACAUUGGCUGGAAACGUACCGCCAAAGGCUAACCUGGGAGACCUUAGAGGACUGGCCGGAGGGCUGAAUGGGAUGAGCAGUCCAAUGAUUGAUGGAGGAGAAUUCGAUGGAGCAAAGGCUUACAAAGACAGCAAAGUCUGCAACAUGUUGACGAUGCAGGAAUUUCACAGGCGAUACCACGAGGAGACAGGGGUCACCUUCGCAUCACUCUAUCCGGGCUGCAUUGCCACGACCGGACUGUUCAGAGAACACAUCCCUCUGUUCCGCCUUCUCUUCCCGCCUUUCCAGAAGUACAUCACCAAAGGCUAUGUCUCGGAAGAGGAGGCCGGGAAAAGACUAGCCCAGGUGGUAAGUGACCCAAGUCUGUCAAAGUCGGGGGUUUACUGGAGCUGGAACAAGAACUCGUCCUCAUUUGAGAAUCAACUCUCCAAGGAAGCAAGUGAUGCAGAGAAGGCCAAGAAACUGUGGGAGAUUAGCGAGAAGCUUGUCGGGUUGGAGUAACAAAACACAACACUCCAGUCCAGUUCAUUACAAGACUGAUUUUUCUAUUAAAAAAAAAAGUUGAACAUCUCUUGUAAAUGCAGGCUUUUCCUGUUUCUGUCCUUCUUCUGAAAUUAUACUAGCAGAGUACAUAGAACUCUUUUAAGUUA